UUUGACGUCAUUCUGAUGUCAUCGUUAUUUUCUGUCCUGCUUGGGUUGCCACUGCGCGUCCGGGUCCGUUCGCGCUGACGUACCAUUCCCGGGAAACGGCAGUAAGUCGUUAACUACCGCCGCUGUCGCUACCUCUGCUAUUACGAGUGGUCUGCGAUGAGAAUGAGAAGUACCUCCGCUGGGCACGUCGGGCGUUCUUGCAGACUUUGCAAUUUCCUCGUGACACUGAGCGGACAUCGUUCGUGUACUAAAUGUUGUGACGUUCCGACGACAACGGUGAACUAGGCUCGUCAGUGCGAUAAUAUCCGCUUCUCGUCGCGUCUCGCGGUCAGCGAUGAACGCUGGCGACCUUUGAGAGCGUAAUCGAAACAGUGAUCAUCACCGCGUCGCUUAAAUGCCUCGCGAUGAUAAAAUGACGGACGAGCAUCCGGGAGAAAUCUGGAGAAAUUCGUAAUAGCCCAUCGCAUUGGCACAUCGCUCGGGCAUCGCUUUGCGUAUAAUGUCAGCCAUAGUGUCAAGUACACACAAUGUAGCAGAUAACGAUCAUGUGACUGAAAAGCAAAAGCUACUGGAGGAUCUGUUGGCUGCUGCAAAAAAUUGCCACGUUAGGUUUGGAGGACGUGCAGAGUUGGCCACAGAAUCGGAAGCAUGUAUAGCUCAGCUCUGUCAUAUAUUCGAAUUGAUAUUUAGUCAUGGGAUAAAGACAAAUUGCAUAGAGAAGAUCAACUCAGCAUUCAGACACGUAUCCGACUUGGUCUCCGGUAGUAAUAUAACACCCGGCAACGUGGCCUAUGUGGCGUUCUGGCCGUGCAUAAAGGAACAACUCACAUGGCACGAGCAAGAACGCUUCAGCGUAUUGCGGAAGGUACACACGGAUUACGGCCGUGGCAGAGCGUGGCUGAGAGCCGUUUUGAACGAGAAAUCCCUGGAACGGCAUUUACACGCCAUUAUAGAUCCCGGCGCGUUGUCUCCCUUCUACGAGGAGUGGGCCUUUUUACUCGAUCAGGAGAAGAGUUCAGUCUUACCCAAUGUAGCCGCAGGCCUUGGUACAAUUUUAUUCGCGAUAAGGAUAGACAACGAGGAACUCGAUGACAACCUGAAGGGGAAGGGAAUGGACAGAAGUAGAGGUGUGCAGUCGGAGCCGGUUAUCCCUGCAUUGGUCCCAGGACCCCCUACGUCUCAGCAUGAGAAAAAGAAAGUACCAGUCCACAUAAUUUCCUUCGACGAUGACGAAGAGAGAGACGAGCGCAAGGAGACUACAUCUUCGAUGAGCGCUCCCGCGACGUGCCUGAGUUCUCCCACUGUAACGUCGACCAAGGACUCUGCUUCUCCGUGCUUGGAUCAAGUUCCUGAACCUCAAGUCGAUUCCAAUGAUAAUACGGUAGACAGUACGAAGUUUCCUGAAUGGGAACAAUGUGAAUCCUUCGAGGAAGAGAAGAUUUUAACUCCUGUGACGGACGCUGAAAAUUUGGGCGGCCUUGUACCUGUGUCACCACUCGAUCAAACAUUAGACGAUAUGUUAGUCACUCUGCCAAACUACUUAGACGACUCAUCGGAGGUGACGGAGGCGGCGAUGGAGGCCACGGAGCCGUUGAUCGGUUUAGACUUCCAUGUAGAUCCAGAGAAUUUAGAUAUAGAUACCUUACGUGUGAGACUCUUGGCCAUGACGGAAGUGCUGGAGCAAGCUAGAGAAGACGCCAUAACGAGCAGAUUACAGUUGGCUCGUUUCCAGAGGCAACAUCAGCAUUAUUUGGAGAGGCACGAGCUGCAGUUGCAAACGUUAAACAGGGAAAACGAACUCUUGCGGCAACAAUUGCGCAAGUACGUGACCGCUGUUCAGAUGUUACGAAGGGACUCGGACUCCACGACCAUAUCCGAGGAAGAUCCGUCCUUGGAUUAUCACAACGAGGCGCGGCAAUACGAAGAGAAGUUGAUACAGGUCGCGGACAUGCACGCCGAGCUGAUGGAAUUCAACGCUAGAUUGACGUUGCAGCUGACAAGCAGGGAUAGAUUGGUGAAGAUGUUGCAAGCAGAAUUGGAGUGUCUGCGAGGACCAUUGAACGAGGACGACUUGCCCUCGGAGCCGCCAUGUCUCAUUCACAUAUGGAUCCCAUCAGCGUUUUUAACGGGACAACCAUCCGACAUCCAUCAUGUUUAUCAAAUCUACGUGCGCAUACGGGACACGGAGUGGAACAUUUACCGACGGUAUGCUCAAUUUUACGCUCUCUAUAGAGAGCUGAAGAAACACGACGCUAUCGUUGCCACUUUCGAAUUUCCGCCAAAGAAAACAAUAGGAAAUAAGGACGCAAAGUUCGUCGAGGAGAGACGACAAAAACUACAGCAGUGGCUGCGACGAAUCGUUGGCCGAAUGGCACAAUGUUCUCCCGCGUUUUCGUGCAGGCCGAGCAGGCAGACUCUCAUAUCAUUGAUGCCUUUCUUUGGUGAUAGCCCUAAUGCCGAGGAAUCGAGGAAAAAUAAUUCCGCAAGAAGUACUUUCUCUUCCUCCCCUCAAUACAUGGGUUUAUAAUCAUGACAAUUUUUAUGGACAAUUUGUAUAUACGUGGAACGAAAAAGAAAAAAGAUGGAGAUAACCUUAAUUUAAUUGAUUAAACGAGAAUCUUGUUAAAUGCGACGUAUUGUUGACGAUUAAGAAGAGAAGAGAACGCAUUACAUGUGUUUAAUGUAUAUAAGAAUACAUCCCCAUACACGCGGGCGGUGACCUGUACGACACCGGCAUGUGUAUGUGUGCGUGUGUGUGUAAACUAAUAUGUAGACAAUUGCAGGAGAAUUGGUUCGACUUCUUUCUUUUUUAAUGAAAAUAAUAGCUCAUGUUUUUAAUGUUUCA